AGGUGCUGUGGCUGUGUGAGCGCCCGCGCGCCUGGCUGUGUGUGGGAGCAUGUGUGCGCGCGUGUGAGCCAGGGGUGUCCGUGUGUGUGUGUGUGUCUGUGUGUCUGUGUCUGUGUGUCUGUGUCUGUGUGUGUGUGUCUGUGUGUGUGUGAGGCGCCAGCCACGCUCUCCUCCCUACACGUUGAUCUUAUUCGAUCGGCCGGGCCCCGCCGGGCCGAGGUGAGAAGAAAGCGCCGCGAAGCCCUCGGGCGCUGUGCGGCUGGGCCGGGGGGGAUGAGUCGAUCAGAUAGGCGAGGCCACGGCCGCUGAGCGCCCUGCGAUUCUGACCCGCGCCCACGUCUGCAGCCCAGGGGCCGACAGCGACCCGGUCCCGACAGCGACGGAAGACGAAACGCUCCAGCUUCAUCCCGGCCCAUCCAGCGCCGGGGCGCGUGUGGAGGCGGGGAGUGGGCCCCGCAGCAGGCUCCGUACGCGCUUUGCACGGGUCUGUGCUGGCCUUGCGGGGCCGUGCACGCUCCGUGCUGUGCUGGGAGUGGUUCAGCGGGCCCUGCAGCUGUGUGGGGCACCAAGGCUGUACAUGGAGCUGUGUUGGCACCGUGCCACGUGUGUGAGAUGAGCGUGGACCCUGCCAGCCCCGCGGGGCACCGGGGACUCUCAUUAGACCUACGGGCUUCAUGCAACACGGCCUCUGUUUUAUUGGGGGUGUGUGGUGAUGGUGAUAGCCGUGGUGGUGACAAGGGGAUGGCCACGAGGGGGCAGCUAUGGUGAACACUGGGGGAUGGCCAUGGUGCUGACAGAGCUGUGAUGGUAACCAGGGGACAGCCACGGUGGAAAAGUACAGUUGUGCUGGUCAGGAGAGGAUGGCUGCAGUGGUAACAGGAGGACAGCUGUGGUGAUAGCAAGAGGAUGGCCGUGGUUGUGACAAGGGACAGUAAGGGUGGACGACCGAGGGGUAGCUACAGUGGUGACUAGAGGAUGGGCAUGAGAGGACAGCCACAGAGGUGAAAAGGGGAUGGCUGUGGUGAUGAUGAGGGGACAGCAGUGAUUCUGGCAUUACUGGGAGAAGCAUCUGGGGUGGCUGCUCAUGGUGGCACUGCUGUGGGACACUGAGAGGAGGUCACCAACUUGAUGGUGCCUGGCAGGCUUCCUCUGCCAAGGCGACACUGUGGAUGCUGUGGGGCAUGGCCACCCCAUGCCACUGUAAUAGCUGUGGCACAAGUAGGCGUGGGGUUGUCCUCAUGCUGCCGUAGGGACAGUCAUGAUCCCUUCCUGUGGCCGUGUCCCCCAUGCCCGUGGUACUUGCUGGCAUCCCUGUGCCACCACAGAGGGACAUGUGUCACUAGUGUCCCCCAACCCAGGGUACCCUGUGCCACCAGAGUUGGGACUUCUGCAUCACCUUAGCAGCUUUGUCCCUCAUGUCCUCUUGUGACUGUGGCCUCCGUAGGCCCAUGUUCCCCAUCUUCCUGUUUCACCAUAUUAGCUGUGUCCUCUGUGUCCCUCGUGUUCCCAUGUUGUCUGUAUCCUUCAUGUCCCCCUACGUCCCCCAUCUCCCUGUGUUCCCGUAUCAGCUGUGUACCCAGUGUCCCUCUGUAGCCCCUUUCCUAUGUGUCUCCUAUGUCCCUCAUGUUCAGAUGUCCUCUGUCCCUCUGUGUCCCCCAUUCUCCCAUAUGCCCGGUAUUUGCCUUGUCCUGUGUCCCUGUAUCAGCUGUGUACCCAGUGUCCUUGAUGUUUCUGUGUCCCCCGUGUUCCUAUAUCCCCUGUACCCUGUGUCUCUCGUGUCCUGCAUGUCUGGAAUAUGCAGCCACAUGUGUCCUCUGUCCUGUCCCCAGUGUAGUGGGGCUGGCCCGGCUCCAUGAGGACAUAGCCUGGGGGGCACACGAGUGGCACACAGUCUCUGAUUGGGUGGAGGUGGCUCCGGGGUGCGGGGGGCUCAUGACCCCCCUCGCCGUGUCCCGGUCCUCCCCCAGCACCGGGGAGGGGCUGUGCCCGGGGGCGGGGAGGCGGGGCCCCGAGACGGUCCCCGUGCUGUUCCUGGAAUAACAUUCCCAAAUGCAUUCCCAGGGGUAAGUUCCCGAUGCCGUUCCCGAGAACACGUUCCGGGUAUUGCAUUCCCAGUCCCGUUUCCGGGGAUACACUCCCAAGGAUGAUGGAACUCCUGGUGCCAUCGGCGCCAAUCGCAGGAUGCCAUUCCCGGGUAUAACCUUGGGCUGCUGUUCCUGGGAGUUCCAUUCCCGUGUCUCUGUUUCCGAUACCGAUGCGCGGUGCCAUUCCCAUGAAUAACAUUCUCGAUACCGAUUCCCGGUGCUGUUCUCGUGGAGGCGGUGCCAGCUGCCGUUCCAGGGGGUUCUAUUCGUGAUCGACUUCCCGUUCCCUGGGGCGAUACCCGGUGCCAUUCCCGCCGCUGCCGGUGCCCGUUCUCGGAGUGAUGCCCGGCGCCGUUCCCGGGGGCGGGGGCAGGUAGCGGCAGGUGCGCGGAGGCCGGGCCGUUGGCGGGGGCGGGGCAGCGGCGCCGGUGCUCGCACCGGCCGAGCUGCCGCCGUUGCCACCGCCGUUGCCGCCGCCAUGGCCGGUACCGGAGCCCGGUGGAUGCCGCUGGUGCUGUGUCUGGCUGUCACCGUGUCACCGGGACGCACCGGAGAGCAGCUACAUGUCUGCAAGGAGUCCGAGUACCACUACGAGUACACAGCAUGUGACAGCUCAGGAUCACGCUGGAGGGUGGCUGUACCACACACGCCUGGACUCUGCACCGGCCUGCCUGACCCUGUCAGGGGCACUGAAUGCUCAUUCUCCUGCAAGGCGGGUGAGUUCCUGGAGAUGCAGACACAGACGUGCCGGCCCUGCGCUGCGGGCACCUACUCGCUGGGCACUGGUGUCCGCUUUGAUGAGUGGGACGAGGUGCCCCAUGGCUUCGCCAACGUGGCCACCAACCUGGAGGUGGAUGACAGCUUUGGCGAUGCGGCAGAGAACUGCACAGCGUCAACAUGGGUGCCACUGGGGGAUUACGUGGCCUCCAACACAGAUGAGUGCACGGCCACCCUCAUGUAUGCUGUGAGCCUCAAGCAGUCGGGGACUGUCACCUUCGAGUACAUCUACCCUGACAGCAGCAUCGUCUUUGAAUUCUUUGUGCAGAACGACCAGUGCCAGCCCACGGUGGAGGAGUCCCGCUGGAUGCGGACUACAGAGAAGGGUUGGGAAUUCCACAGCGUGGAGCUGAGCCGUGGGAACAACGUGCUGUACUGGCGGACCACCGCCUUCUCCGUCUGGUCCAAGGUGCCUAAACCAGUGCUGGUGAGGAACAUCGGCAUUACAGGGGUGGCCUUCACUUCCGAGUGCUUCCCCUGCAAGCCCGGCACCUUUGCCCCUGCCGCCGGCUCAACCGCCUGCCAGCCCUGUCCUGCUGACACCUUCUCCGGCAAAGGGGCCACCGCCUGCCAGCCCUGCGACCCUGACACCUACGCUGAGCCUGGCUCGGGGUCCUGCAAGCCACGUCCGCCCUGCACAGACAAGGAUUUCUUCUACACCCACACGGCCUGCGACGCCAAUGGGGAGACCCAGCUGAUGUACAAGUGGGCAGAGCCCAAGAUCUGCAGUGAGGAGCUGCCGCAGGCGGCCCGGCUGCCAUCCUCAGGGGUCAAGACUCGAUGCCCCCCCUGCAACCCUGGCUUCGCCAAAGGCAACGGCAGCACCUGCCAGCCCUGUCUCUAUGGCUUCUAUUCCAAUGGCUCUGCCUGCCUCAGAUGCCCAGAGGGCACUGAGCCGGCGCUGGGCUUGGAGUACAAGUGGUGGAACGUGCUGCCCCCCAACAUGGAGACCACCGUGCUCAGCGGCAUCAACUUCGAGUACAAGGGCAUUGCAGGCUGGGAGGUAGCUGGGGACUACAUUUACACGGCAGCUGGAGCCUCUGACAGCGACUUCAUGAUCCUCACGCUGGUGGUCCCUGGCUUCAGCCCUCCAAGCCCAGUGCUGGAGGAUACAGAGAGCAGGGAGGUGGCCAGGAUCACCUUUGUUUUCGAGACGCUGUGCAGCGUUGGCUGUGAGCUCUACUUUAUGGUGGGUGUCAACUCACGCACCAACACUCCAGUGGAAACAUGGACAGGUUCCACAGGGAAACAAUCCUACACCUACCUGGUGGAGAAGAACGCGACCAUGAGCUUCACCUGGGCCUUCCAGCGCACCCCCUACCAUGAGGCGGGCCGGCGGUUCACCAGUGAUGUGGCCAAGCUGUACAGCAUCAACGUCACCAAUGUGCAGGGGGGGGUGGCCUCCUUCUGCCGCCGCUGUGCCCCCCAGCCCACUGGGUCCUGUGCCCCAUGUUCCCCUGGCAGUGCUGUGGACCCCAGCUCAGGCACCUGCCAGCCCUGCCCACCUGGCACCUACCUGCGGGGCCACCCCUCCGACGGGACACCCACCUGCCGCCCCUGUGGCCCUGGCACACGCAGCAACCAGCUGCGAUCACUAUGCUACAACAACUGCAGCCUGGCACUGGCACUGCCAGGCCGGAUGCUGCACUUCGAGUUCCCAUCGCUGGGCCAAGGUGCUGGAGUGGGCACUGGGCCCAGCUUCACCCCUAAAGGGCUGCGCUACAGCCAUCACUUCCGCCUUAGCCUCUGUGGGCACCAGGGCAGGAAGAUGGCCUCAUGUGCUGACAAUGUGACGGCAGGUCAGGGGGGCCCUGCCCGUGUGGUCACCUCGUAUGUGUGCCAGGCCAUUCUGGUGCCCCCUGACAUCACUGGUGCCCGUGCAGCUGUGUCUUCUCAGCCUGUCAGCCUGGGUGACCACUUGCUGGGUGUCACCACCAGCUCCGUGCUGGACAGCAUCGUGGCUCCCCCAGAGCUCUUCCCCCCCAGCCACCCUGACCUGCCUGACAUCAUCUUCUUCUUCAGGUCCAAUGACAUGACACAACCGUGCAGUGGUGGCCGGGCCACCACCAUCCGCCUACGCUGUGACCCCCUGCGCAUCGGCACUGGCACCCUGGCUGUCCCCAGCAAAUGCCCCGAGGGCACCUGCGACGGCUGCACCUUCCAUUUCCUGUGGGUGACGGCCGAGGGAUGUCCCCGCUGCUCCAGCUCCCACCACCGCCCCAUCGUCGGCGCCUGUAUCGGUGGCGUUCAGAAAACCACCUACGUGUGGCGGGAGCCCCGGCUGUGCCACGGCGGGGACGCCCUGCCGCCGCAGGUGAUCCAGGCGUGCCGGAGCGUGGAUUUUUGGCUAAAAGUGGGAAUUUCCACUGGGACGUGCGUGGCCAUCUUGCUGGCUGCGCUCGCCGCUUAUUUCUGGAAAAAGACUCAAAAGCUGGAAUACAAAUAUUCCAAGCUGGUGAUGGACGCGGCGGCUCGGGAGACCGACGCGACGUCGCCCGACAGCUGCGCCAUCAUGGAGGGGGAGGACGCGGAGGACGAGCUGCUCUUUGCCACCGAAAUGUCACUUUUUGGAAAACUUAAAGCACUGACGGCCAAGUUCCCCACCCCGGGGGCUCCGGGCCUCAGUUUCCCCACCCCACAGCGGAUGCCGGAUGGAUUCGACUCGGUCCCGCUCAAGACCUCGUCCAGCAGCACCGAUCGGGAGCUGUAAGAGGACAGGGGGCACCCUCGCAUCCCCCAGCCCUCCCGGGAGCUGUGACGGGCCAGAGGGGCGCGCACGGACACUCCAGCCCCGGGCAGCAGAAGGGAAGGGGGGGUACCCACGGCCCAUCCCGCGCCCCCCAACGUGGCCUUAGGGACCCGCUUCGCAGCGGAGCCUCGUUAUGGCUUUUGUACGUGUGUCCCCACCGUGUCCUCCCCAUCCCAAGCACCCAAAAAUGCCAAAUACAGGAGUGGGGUUUGUAUAA